AAUCAGAAGUGCAGCCCCAUAGUCAGUUCGCUGUUCGGACAACAUCAAGUCCUUCAGUCCGACUCUUAGUCUCUGGGUCUUGCAUCUCUCUACCGAUGCCUUCCGUCGAGCCGCCCGUGACGCUGGACGCCGUGGUGGCCGACCCGCACCUUCACGCGCUGUUCCUGCAGCAUCUCUCUGUCUCCGAUUCGAAAGGAUUCGCGCGUCUUCUCUUCCUCGUGAGCGUCGAGGAGUUCAAGAAAGUUUUCGCUUCCAACAAACCCUCGGAAGACCCCGAGGACGAUGCACAGGCGCAUCGCCGCCAAUACGCCAGCAAGAUCAUCAGCAAAUUCAUGAGUCCCGACGCCUUUUUAGACAUCGCAUCCGAGAACCUUCGUAUCCUCAACAAGUCGGUCUGGAGCUUCGGAAAACUACUACGGAACGAUCUGAUGCUGUACUCGGGGCUGGCAGCUAAGACGGACCUGUUCCAGGACGCCGAAGUGGCUGUAAAGAAGGCGCUUCAGCCUAGUUUCAUGCAGUUCGCAGCUACGCCCGAGUUCAUGGCGCUCGUGGCCAGUUCCAGAGUCACAUACGUCGAGAAUGACGACAGUACAGAUGAAGAGCAGCUGGAAGAGAACUCUCCAGCUUCGGUUCCUGAGACGAGCGUGUCGUCGUCAUCCCCCGUGUCCAGCACGUCUACUCAGGUCCGUAGACAACGCACAGCUACGACGUUCUUGACGUUGGAGCGUGUAUUGGGCAACAGGAGAUUGUGUAGCGUGUUCUGGGUCUUUUUGUUCAAGGAGCGAACACAUGAACAGCUGAGUCUCUGGAUGGACUUCAGGUAUCAGCUAUUGCCUAUUCUCGACGACUUUAUCCACGCAGCUCAGGACAGUGGAGAGGAAGAGCAGCAACAGGAGAAUGACCACGAGGAACGACAGACUGGAGAGCUCAUUGAGCAACUGCUUGUGGUUGGCAGUCGAAUUGCCGCCAAAUAUCUUACUGCAAGUGCGAGCACGCGCGUGACGUUUGUCGGGGAGGCUGAGCAAGCACUACUGCGAGACUACGAGCUGCGUGUGGCCUGCUGUCUCGAUGCUGGUAGCUUCUCGCUGGGUGACGCAGAGGAGCUCCUCGGAACUGUAGAACGCAUCCAAACGGUCAUUGAGGCCGACCUUAAGGUGAAUCAUUUUGUGCGCUUCAUGGGAAGUGAAUCGUUCAAGUCACUGGUUGCGUCUUACCAGAGUCGCUUGCUCAGCCCGUCCGGCUCCUCAAACGCAGUCGCGUCCACAGCAUGCGAUGACUCUAGCACAGCUUCCAACAGCAGCAUGACUACGCUUCAAGAGCUGUUUCAGUGCAUGAAUGUGGCGUCACAUCAGCCCCAGCGGGUACGGAGUAAAUCCUUCACACUACGAGAUCUCUUUCAAGGCCAGUUACGUGGUGAACCGCAGAGUAAAUCGCUCAUCAGCUCAGUGAUGAGUUUCCGACUAGAUGUGAAUGAUCGAUCACACCCUGAGGUCGUCAAGGAAGUACUGCACAGCCUGGCAGACCACAGCGAGAGCAGCAGUGAUCUGUAUCACCAUCACGCCAUUCCGGACCAUGUAGAAGCGUUUUUCCGCCCAUCGGGAGCUGACGUCGUGCGUUCCACUACGCGUCCAGAGCCCUCACUUUUCCACAUGACAAUCGGAAAUGCGGAGAAGGCGUUCUACGGUGCCUGUCUCACUCGAUACGUCCCGCUGAAUGACUCAAGCAAGCUAGGACCGCUGGAGCAAGUGUUGCAGGAGACUGAGGGUCUUGAGGUAUACGUUCCAGCGGGACUUUGUAUCAUCAGUCGAUAUCCGAUUCUUGACACACUCAAGCAACGUUUAGACUCACUUCACGCGGCGAUGCAGGAUGAUGAAGCGUACCUCUCCGACGUAAAUUGGUUGCCUUCCGCGGCGCAGAUGGCCGAACUGCUUUCUCCAUUCGACUUUGCUACUGUUACGGCUUCGCAAGAUAAUGUUACAUCUCUUUCUGCGCUGGAUAACUACGUGGACUUCAGUAUGGAGGAGCUAUUCAGCUGUCUAUCUGUCGAGCACGUGGUUAGUUUGGUCACAUGUAUGCUUCUGGAAAGACAGGUUGUGCUUGUGAGCUCACGGUACUCAGUGCUCACAUCUGUGGGCGAGACGUUGAAGAGCUUGAUUGCCCCGCUGGAGUGGAGUCACGUGUUUGCGCCUAUCCUGCCCAAGAGCAUGCUUGAGUGCUUGCAAUGUCCGACGCCAUACCUGUUUGGCGUACACUCCAGUUAUCGUGCAGAGUUGCGUGAAAUGCUUGAGCGUGAAGGCUGUGGCGACGGCAUUGUCGUAGUGGAUCUGGAUGCUGACACGAUGAGUUCUCCAGGCCGGCCACAGCUCCCUGAAUCUGUCCGUGGACCUCUCACGUCCCGACUGCUCCAGUUGCUUAAGCCUAAAGUUUUCUUCAGCGACUUCGUCCCCAUGCUUAGCGGCAACUCGGAAAGUUCGCUCGCUCGCGGUUUCCCACAAGGCCAUGUACGCUCGUGCUUCCGGGAAGCACUGGCGACUCUGCUACGCACAGUUGAAGAGUUCCGUUUCGUGCUGUCAGACGAUUUUGACUACGUAGUGGUUUUUGACCGGAUCGCAUUCCUACGCCGCCUGCCCCCACGCGAACAAUCCUUCUACCGUACCUUCCUGGAGACGCAGGUCUUCUCGCAUGAGAUUGCCUCUGUUGAUAUUUAAGCGGCACGAUAAGUAGUUUAGAUGCUCAAUAAAAAAUGCAAAAAAAAAGUAGAUUGGCCAUAGUACAUCGUUGCCGUUUUGGUAUCCUAC